GAUGCAUCGGAGCAACCUCAUACCUAAUUUUCUUUUAUGAAUCGAUAUUUUUUUCUUUAUUUAAUGUAAAAUCGCGGUGUCCUGCAGUAAAUCUGAAGCCUUAUGAGGAGGAUGAAAGCGUCGGUAUUUGUCGCGGUCAUGUCCUCGGUUUUAUUUAAUCCCAGUUUUGCCUUCAGCUCGCAUUUCGACACAGGUGGCUCCCCGCUGAGUGAGCUGUCAUGGCCAUCCUCUCUGGCAGUGGUGGCUGUCUCCUUCUCCGGCCUCUUCACAUUUGUCUUCCUCAUGCUAGCCUGCCUGUGCUGCAAGAAAGGGGACAUCAGCUUCAAGGAAUUAGAAAACAUGGAGGGGGAGGAGGGCCAAGCGAACCUUUCCACUUUAGCCUCCCCCAGCUCUCAGAACGACCCUGAGGUUUAUAUCCUGCCCCUGACGGAGGUCUCACUACAUGUGUCCAAACAGCCCAGCAAGUCAUUUCAGCUGCUGAAGUCUACAGAUCUCGGACGCCACAGCCUCCUCUACAUAAAAGAAAUGGGACAGGGCUGGUUUGGCAAGGUUUUGCUGGGGGAGGUGAAUGUUGGACUCAGUACCACACAGGUGGUGGUUAAGGAGCUAAAGGCCAGUGCCAGUGUACAGGAGCAGAUGCAGUUCCUGGAAGAGGUCCAGCCUUACCGGUUGCUCCAGCAUUCAGCCCUCCUGCAGUGUCUGUCCCAGUGUUCAGAUGUCACACCCUAUCUGCUGGUUAUGGAGCACUGCCCUCUAGGAGAUGUUAAAGGAUACCUUCGUAGCUGUCGGGCAGCAGACUCGGUGACCCCUGACCCUUUGAUCCUUCAGCGGAUGGCAUGCGAGAUUGCUUCUGGUCUUCUAUACCUUCACAAACACAAUUACAUUCACAGUGACCUGGCCCUAAGGAACUGCCUGUUGACCUCAGAGCUUGCUGUGAAAAUUGGAGACUAUGGCCUCAGCCACAGCAAGUACAAGGAUGACUAUUAUGUAACAGCAGAUCAAAUAUGGGUUCCUCUACGCUGGAUUGCCCCAGAACUUAUUGAUGAAGUCCAUGGCAAUCUCUUAGUAGUGGACCAAACCAAGGCCAGCAAUGUCUGGUCACUAGGUGUGACGAUAUGGGAGUUGUUUGAACUGGGUAACCAGCCUUACAGGCACUAUUCUGAUAGGCAGGUUUUAACAUAUGCUGUAAAGGAACAGCAGCUCAAACUGCCAAAGCCCCUGCUGAAAGUGCCUCUGUGUGAACGCUGGUAUGAGGUAAUGCAGUUCUGUUGGCUGCAGCCUGAGCAGAGGCCUGUUGUGGAGGAAGUCCAUAUACUGCUAGGCUACCUGUGUGCUAAGGGUGCAACUGAGUCUGAGGAAGACUUUGAGAAGUGCUGGAACUCUCUCAGGCCAAGUAUGGGCUCCAGCAGCUCCCACAGAACACCUGCAACUGAAGUAGCCUCUUCUACUUCUUCCUCAUUUCCUCUACUUGAACACUUCUCUAUGGCAGACAGCUUCCAGUCUGAGAAUGGGGAUGAUAUAUUGACAGUAACUGAGACCAGCCAGGGUCUCAACUUUGAGUAUAAAUGGGAGCAAGCACGAGCUGAGCAGCCCUACUGCUCCUCUUCAGCGAGUGGACCAUUGGGAAAGAAUAAUCCCCAUUACCAGGAUGUGUAUUACCCUAUAAGCAAUUCCACAGGUAGCUGCAAGGGUGAGAGCCUCCCUCUUGGGGUUUCUCCAUCCUAUUAUGAGUCAGACCAUCCAGGUGUGGUUCCAGUGCUAAGUGCACACAGCCCCUCAGUAAGUAGCGAGUACUAUAUCCGCAUUGAGGAGCCAGUUGAGUGCAACAUCAGCUUAGAAGACAACAAUCUUGAUUACAGUCCAAGACUUGAAGCCAGUAACAGUAAUUUGUCCUCCACAGGCAGGAGGAGUCCCAUUGAGUCUCAGCCAAACACCUACUGGUCAGCAGCUAAAGAACCCAUCAGUAAUGAUUAUGGUUAUGAUUCAGAUAGUAUCCUAACCAUGGAGCCACUCCAAAGAAGACUUCCAAGCUCGGUAGAGAUAGACCAGUCAGAAGUUUAUUUUUCUUCCAAUGACAGGCACAAUUUACAUGGUUCAAACUUUGAUGAGCAGAGAAGAGGGUCAGAAGGCCUCUGCCAUAGACUGGAGGUGGUAAAGGAAAGCCCACUUGGAGUUUCAGUCUCUCUUAGUAGUCCCAGCUUGGCACACUGUGACCCAUACCUUGAGUCUAAGCAGAGAACUGCAGAAAGAAGUAUGGCCAGUGAGGCCUAUUAUGACAUUAUGGGCCCCUUACAAAAGAAUGUGCCCAGACCCCACUACAUGAGUAUUGAUAUUGAUGCCGGUGAUGGCUUUCUUUUGGGGAGGGAGAGUUCUGAUCCAGAAGAUGAUGAUGAUGAUCUGUUUUCUCAGAACAUGUUAACUAAUUGGAACUCCAACCACUCAGCAAACAACAACAGUUUAAGCGAUCGUACACAAGCUGUGGGUUUUCGAGAUGCAUACCUUGAUUUACGUCACCCGACACCCUCUUCUCAUGUCGGGAAUUUGAAAUCAAGAGCAUUGGAAACAAGAAACAGUUGUACAUAUAAUUCCAUCAAUUCAGUCAAAGACCAAUCAUACACAGAAGCCACAGAUAGUACACCCACUUAUAGUAACCCCCACGCUGACUCAGAGGGUGGUGAGUACCUACUUUUAAGUCCUGACAGUACUCAGGAUGUUGAAUCAUCUUCCAAAUGUCAUUCUGUCACAGAAAGUCAGCAUAUUCAUACAUGGCAGAAGAACAUUGCUCAAAAACAUAUCAAAAACAAUACAUCAGACUUCUGUGUAGGAGGUUGCGGCAGAAUGAAUCCAUCAACUCUUCCAUCGGAGCUGGUAGUGACUAAAGAAAAUAUGUUACUUGAGACAAGGAUGUCCCCUGCACAAAAACUGAAACUUGGGACAGAUGAUUCUGCUGGAGUGUGUGUAAAAAUGGUGUCAUGCCCUAAGGAUCUGUCUAGGAUUGUCUCAGAGUGUAUCCAUUUGACAGACAGCAGGAUGGUCCCCGACAACUCCAGCAUCAAUUUAGUGGAAAUUAAUGACUGCAGUGACGUCUGUAUGGACAUCCCCUCUGGAGUACUAGCAGAUUAUCCCUCGGACUAUGCAGAGGUGGGCAAUGUUGACCUAACUCACAGAACACUGCAGAGAGACACUGGGUCCAGACACUGCGUGGACACAAUUAAUCUAGCUUCUAGCAGCAGUCCAUGUGAGGCCUUCAGCCCUGAUAGUUAUCACAUACCCAUUCAGGCGAAAUCCUUAGACAGUGGCUAUGAAACAGAGAAUAAUGAAUCCCCAGAGUUUAUCCUGAAAGACCUUGAAGGGAAUCCAGCCCUUAGCACUAGUGUAGAAUCAGACGAGUGUGACAUGUUGCUCCAGAUGGACCUAGAUGAAGAUGUCAAUGUAAUGCUCCUGCAUCCAUCCAGCAGUCAUCGACCGCUGAACAGCCUUGGUGAGAGGAAUCAGUACAGAGACUCUGCUUAUUUUUCUGACUAUGACAUGGAGAAUGACAAGAGCCCUAGUGAAGGAGUCCACAUGUUCUUCAGCUGCCAAGAUGAGGAUGAUGUCUUUGAAAUCAAAGCAGAAAAGGAUGGCUCAGAAAAGAAAUUUGGGAGAGAGGGACAAAACAUGGAGAGUGAGAAGGGACAUGACAUAUCUGUGCCAAAGGACAACAAUGCAGCCCUUAAUGUUAAACAAUUGUGUCUUAAAAAGACAAGCCAAAAUAAGUGUUUAUCACCUGCAUUGGUUCCAGUAAUUUCUAUGCUUUCACCCUUUCCUCCAGAGAUGGGGGGUUGCUUGACCAAGGAGUCAACUCCAGAUGAUGGUAUUGGGCUGGAAUCUGAUCACUCUGGAGAGGAACCAAACUCUGAAUGCUACUCUUCCACAGAGUCUGAAGGUUCUUCCUCAACACAGGAGGCCUCGGGUGUGGUGGAGCACGCUAAUGCAGUUACCAGAGAUUUUUCCUCAGCAGAGUCACUAGGCUCAGACUCUACCAUAGUAGAUUUAAGUGUGGAGGUAAUCCAAGCAGAGGAGCAAGAAGCCUGUAACAAACUGGACAAUCUGGAGCAACGGAUUGGAUACAUCGAGGAAAAGGAUGAAUCAGUGGAAGAAGAUGGCAUAGGUUCAGCACUUUCAAAACCAAAGCGUGAUGUAUCAUUGGAGAAUAUUCUUCCAGCCUUGCCAGAAGAUCUAGAUAUUCUUGCUCCACAGGGAAACGGAGAGGAGGUGGAUGAGGAAGAUUCAGAGGAUAGUGAUGAGUCUGAUGAAGAACUUCGUAGCUACAACAUACAGGAGCAGAGUGAUGAGAGUGAUGAAGAGUUCCCUGUGGUGCCUGUCGUUGUGAGCGAUCGCAGCAGUGCACGGCAUCUACGCAGCCUCCUCAAAAUGCCCUCCAUAUUUACACAGUCCUUCUGCGAUGAGCUGGAGAGCAAGAAAAAAGCGGUGUCAUUCUUUGAUGAUGUUACUGUGUUUCUAUUCGAUCAGGAGAGCCCCACGGGUGAGCUUGGGGACUACAGUUUUCCUGUGGAGGCAGAAGCCAAUUGGAAGGCUUCAGAGGUCGCGCUGCCACGGUCCCAGGAUAGGGAUAUUGCCCCUGAGGAUUCACCAGGAACGAAUGUCUCAGAAGAAAGCGGGGCAUUUCAGUGGAAAGAUGAUUUUCCAUUAAUGCAAAGCCCUUCAACAUCAGAACCUGGCUUUGAAGAGAUCGCUACACCACCCAACUCUCCUAUCAAAUCUCCAGAUGAAAUACCAGCACCUCUGCUUUCCCGAUUUAGUGUCUCUCGAUUCUCCAUUACGCAUGUGUCUGACUCUGACAUGGACUCCAUUGGAGGUAAAAGUGAGAAUGAAGCCCAGGAGUGAAGGGGUCAUUAACCCAUGUAAUUAAAGAGGUUUUCAGAAACUAUAUCAUUUGGUCUCAUCAGAUCCUGGGCUCCCCUGAAUCACUAUAUUUUUGUUCUUUUAAACGUGCUGGACAAAAGGGUCCUGUCAACCUGAUAUGCUGUUUGGAAACAGUGCCUCAUACUGUAACGGAUUAGCCUGCCCCUCCCUUGUGUUCCUAGACAGAUGGUUGUUGAGUGACAGAUUUUUGAAGACAAAGUUAUAAGUACAGAAAAAGAGAUCUAUAUAACACAACAUAUUAUCUACGUAUUAGAACAUGAGGUAUGAAGUUUAUAACUUAUUUCCACAAUUCAGUGUCAUGCUGAAAUCAUCCUUUUUUACACAUAACUUGUAGAAAACAAUAUAGAUACAAGGUUGCUCACCUCAUUUGCUUGUCAUGCCCCUUAUUGUCAAUAUCUGUCUUAGAGUCUGAAAGAUCUGUCAUAGUGCUUUACAUUUUUCUGGUUGACCAAAUGAGCUGCAUAAAAUAAUUACAAGAUGUUCUGCCCUCAUAAAAAAAGCUCCACAUUUAUUACUGAGGGUGACAAAAAUGAUUUACAUUGAGUGAUAAAAGUGAUAUUUUCUAUAUUUGACUUUAGCUCAGGGGUGUUAAGGACAUGGUACAAAAUUAGAUUAUAUUAACAAUAUAAACCAUCACACUUAAAAGUCUUCAACAUUGUUUUGCUUUUUUUUUUAAUGCGAAGAACAUUCAUACUACCUGCACUUUCGUUACUGACUCAAGAUAUCUUAUACAUGUCUUACCCUGGCUAAUAUCAAGUACUUCAUCAAAAUUAUUAAAAAAGCAUUUUAAUCAUUAACUCAUUAAUACGUCUUCUAUUUAAAUCUCCCAAAUAUUUUACAGAUGACCGUGAUAUAUUACAGUACUUGUUUGUGCUGAGAAGCAAUGAAAGUAUUGCAGACCAGAUAAUAAACCAGCCAUUUACCUUCAACUAGUAUGGUAGCAUGCAUAUUUAUGAUGGCUCACAAAUGGGUCAUUCCUGUUACGCAGCAAUUCAAACUUAGAAAUUCAGAAAUAUCAGGCACUUAAACACUUUAAAAAAAGUUUGUGCUACAUUCUGAGUGAUCUGAGGUCAGCAACCUAAUGUGAGAAAUAGAAGAAUUUGAGUUAUUUAAAAAGAUACAUCCAAAUUUUGCUAUGGCACAGAGAUCAGUUGUCGUAA